GACAAUAAUCUGCCAUCGGAAACACUGGCAAAACAUCCCUUAUCAUCUCCCUUUCGGCGACUUCCGUUCCCCCAAAUCCAGUCUCGCCCUCGCCCUUGUUUAACGUACUCUCCUCAGAAGGGAUCUUCGCAAUGACGAGUUCGUGGUCGCGGGCGCUGACGCAGAUCUCGCCUUACACUUUUGCCUCCAUCGGCAUCGCUAUCUCCAUCGGCGUUUCGGUCCUCGGGGCUGCCUGGGGGAUUUAUAUUACCGGGAGCAGCUUGAUCGGCGCAGCGAUCAAGGCCCCCAGAAUCACCUCGAAGAAUCUUAUUAGUGUUAUUUUCUGUGAGGCUGUUGCUAUAUACGGUGUGAUCGUCGCAAUCAUCCUACAAACCAAACUGGAAAGCGUUCCAGCAUCACAAAUAUAUGACCCUGAAUCUCUUCGAGCUGGAUAUGCUAUAUUUGCUUCUGGGAUCAUUGUUGGUUUUGCAAAUCUUAUGUGUGGCCUUUGCGUGGGAAUUAUUGGGAGCAGCUGUGCUUUAUCCGACGCUCAAAACUCCACACUUUUUGUAAAGAUUCUGGUGAUCGAAAUAUUUGGAAGUGCGCUGGGGUUAUUCGGCGUGAUCGUUGGUAUAAUCAUGUCAGCCCAAGCGACAUGGCCUGCUAAGGCAACAUGAGUUGUUCCUUCGCAUGAAGCUUGUGGUUGUAUAAUCUUGAAACAUAAUCAUCAUACAUUGUAGUUGGUAUGUCAGUAUAGUCCAGAUUAUGCAUUUUGUGCAGUGGCAUCUGUUGUCUCUGAGGCUUUUUUUUUUUUUUUUUCGAAAUAUUUUUUGAGCCAAAUAAUGCUUAUGUCCUGACUCAACUACGGGUUUGUAAGGAUCCACCGUAAGAACUAUUCUUGGGCGUACGCAUUUGUUGUUGUAAUUUAUCUGGUGUGCUGUAAAAUAAACUGUAUUUAUCUGGAUUUCUUCCGAUCAGUAGAAAA